UUGGCCUGAAUGUAAACGGGAAACCUUAAGAGUCGAGAGUAGAAGUAACUUUCAGGCUUCCGGGUGAACUUGGAAGUCCCCAGUGACGGUCGUCUUCUUUUUCAUUCCGGCUGCUCGCAGUGGCUCCACACACACACACGGGGGGAGAAACUGAGAGAGAAAAUGGCUCAGAUUCCCAACUUAGACAACUCCCCACUAAAUCUCACGCCCCUCAGAGAUCAGUCUCAGAAAGAGCUCAUAAACAUUCUGAAGAAUAUUCGAGGAAAGAAGUGUUUGGUCAUCGAUCCGAAGCUUGGCGGCUCGCUGUCGUUGAUUGUCCAUACAUCUCUCCUCAAGGAACAUGGGGUUGAGCUGCGGCAUCUUUCUGCAGACCCUAUUCAGACUGAGUGUGCCAAAGUGAUAUACCUUGUCCGCUCUCAGAUUAAUUUGAUGAAAUUCAUAUGUUCACAUAUUCAUAAUGAUGUUUCAAAGGGUCUUCAGAGAGAGUAUUUUGUAUAUUUUGUCCCUCGUCGCACGAUUGUGUGCGAGAAAGUUCUUGAGGAUGAGAAUGUGCAUCACUUGAUGACUAUAGGGGAAUACCCAUUAUAUGUUGUUCCACUGGAUGAGGAUGUGCUAUCAUUUGAAAUUGACCUUGCUUAUAAAGAGUGCCAAGUGGAUGGUGAUAUGAGUUCCCUCUGGCAUAUUGCUAAAGCUAUCCACAAGCUCGAGUCUUCUUUUGGAGUGAUACCCAAUGUGAGGGCCAAAGGCAAAGCAUCAGUACGUAUUGCUGACAUUCUUAAUCGCAUGCAAGUAGAAGAACCAGUUAACUUAUCUGAUAUGGGUGUUCCAGAGAUAAAUACUCUCAUUCUUCUAGAUAGAGAGGUGGACAUGGUCACCCCUAUGUGUUCUCAAUUAACAUAUGAGGGGUUGGUGGAUGAGUUUCUUCGUGUGAAUAAUGGUUCUGUGGAACUUGAAGCAUCUAUCAUGGGCGUCCAGCAAGAGGGGAAGAAGAUAAAGGUUCCACUUAAUUCAAGUGACAAACUGUUCAAGGAGAUACGAGAUCUCAACUUUGAAGUUGUUGUCCAGGUUCUACGUCAAAAAGCAACAUCCAUGAAGCAGGACUAUACAGAUAUGACAACUACUACUCAGACAGUGUCCGAACUAAAGGAUUUUGUCAAAAAGCUCAACUCAUUGCCAGAAAUGACUAGGCACAUAAAUCUUGCCCAGCAUUUAUCUACAUUUACAUCAAAGCCAUCAUUUCUUGGGCGGCUUGACAUGGAGCACACAAUUGUUGAGGCUCAGAGUUACGACAUAUGCUUUGAGUACAUUGAAGAAAUGAUCCAUAAGCAGGAGCCUAUUUUCCAUGUCCUACGCCUUCUGAUCUUAUUUUCAAUUACAAAUUCAGGGCUGCCCAAAAAGCAUUUUGACUAUUUGAGGAGAGAGCUACUUCACAGUUAUGGAUUUGAGCACAUGGCUACUCUGAAUAAUUUAGAAAAAGCUGGACUGCUUAAGAAACAGGAGUCAAAAAGCAACUGGAUGACUAUUAAACGUGCUCUGCAACUAGUUGUCGAUGACACUGAUACAGCCAAUCCCAAUGAUAUUGCUUAUGUGUUCUCUGGAUAUGCACCUCUAAGUAUUCGCCUUGUUCAGCACGCAGUUCGAUCUGGAUGGCGUCCUAUUGAAGAAAUAUUGAAGCUAUUGCCUGGACCACAUUCAGAAACAAAGAGAAGUGGAUUCUCAAGCAGUGCAUCAUUUGACUCUUUGACGGGUGCUGCAGCAAAUAUGGACAGGCGUUCCCUUGUAUUGGUUGUAUUUGUUGGAGGGGUAACGUUUGCUGAGAUUUCAGCUCUCCGUUUUCUCAGUGCGCAGGUAUGUUUAGUUUUGCAUUAUAAUACUGCAUGCAUACUCACAGGCACACGAGCACUUAUAACACGCCUGUGGACAUGCAUGUUCACAUGCACGCACACAGAGUGUCUGAACCCAUGCAGAUAGCUAUGGCACAAAAUGAUACGGAUUAAACUCUGUUGAUUUUGUUGAUUUUUUUGAACGACUGAUAUUUUGUGAAUGAGUUGGCACUCUCUUGAUGAUCUUUUGAAUGCAAUACUCUUUGCUACUAUCAUGAUGUUUCCUUUGCUUGUUGACUUGUGAAGGUAGUAGUGAUGGCAUCUUGAAUUUGCUGUUCUUUUCUUUCCAAUUGUUAAGGUAAUAUAGAAAAUCAUAUGAGGUGAAGAGAAGCAUGGGAAAGGAACAUGAUUACUUGUUUUCUUUUUAAUUUUAAUUAUAGGUUGGGAUGUAUUCAGGGUCUAAUUUUUAUUUUUUGGUGAUAGAAAAAAAAAAUUUAUCGAGAGAAGAAGAGUAAACAUUCUUAUGUAGCAGAGAUGUGGUUGCAUUGUGGAUUAUUAUAGUUGCAUUUCACCAGAAUCUCCUUUUUGUUAAUCUAUGAUUUAUUUAAGUAUGGUUAUUUUUGGCUUGAA